AUGUCAGAAACAGUGCGAUACAUCUCAAGAUAUGAUGAUUUUGAAGCAUUACAACAGCAGCAAUGGUAUGACAAGGAAACAGCCUUGGCUGAGAUUGAUUACAGCCGCAAGAAGUUGCUCGAGAAGCUGAAGGAGUACAAAGGCGAGGACUUGGAAGUUAUACAUGAGGCUACUGCUUUUGCUGGUGAAACAGUUGAAGACAACAAUGAUCUCCUCCUUCCCCCAUAUCCAAGCCGGCCUUCUCGCUCCCUGGUGUCGAACAAUGGCUAUGUUGCACACUUUCCUCCAGCACGCAAGUCGGCUCAAAAUAGGGUAAUAAGUGGUGAUCCCAAAAAUGAAUUAAAAAAAGCACGCAAGUUGGCUCAAAAUAGGGUAAUAAGUGGUGAUCCCAAAAAUGAAUUAAAAAAAGGUAUCCACGAUUCUGGGAGAAAUGAAGUGCAACCUGAAACCAGAGGCUCACUUAAAGGGGUGAGAGUAUUCAUCAGCAUGGUAGCCAAGUCAAUGCUUACAUUUGUUGGUGUCGUAUCUGUUCUAAGUUUGGCUGGGUUUGAGCCCAGGUUUAGGAGAAGGGAUUCUCAAUUUAAGAUUUUGGGUCUAUUUCAGCAGCAAGGGACUGAAGAGAAGGAAGUCAUGGUUCAGUGUCCACCUGGGAAGGUCCCAGUCAUUGAAAAUGGUGAAACUCGCUGCCUUGUGAAAGAGAGAGUUGAAAUUCCUUUUGAGUCGGUCGUUGCAAUGCCAGAUGUAAACUAUGGAAUAUCGCUGAGAGAUGCAUACAAGAGCAUAGCAGGUCUACGGGCUUGUUCUCCCAAGACCCAAAGAAAAGGCCUGUUGAGCUAUUCAGGAUGGUUUCACUCGCAGACGCAAACUCAGGUGGUAGUGAUUGGUGAGUCCUGGAAUCAAUCUGAUAGGCGCUCAGAUUUAACUGUUCCGGUGGUCACAUUUGCUCACAUCAAGACGCAAACUCAGGUGGUAGUGAUUGGCGAGUCCUGGAAUCAAUCUGAUAGGCGCUCAGAUUUAACUGUUCCGGUGGUCACAUUUGCCCACAUCAAGGUUGUGUCUAAUUCCGGGUUUUUGCUUUCUGUCCCUAAAAAGCGUUUUAGCAGACAUUGUAGAAAACAGUAUCCUCUCCAAGAUUGGAAAAUGUAA